AUGGAACAUAGAGCUGCAUUGACACCAGAUACUGCUAAAAUUUUAUUAGAGAAUGGUUUCAAGAUCACAGUUGAACGUUCUGAGGAGAGGAUUUUUGAUGACAAUGAGUAUACUCAAGUUGGCUGUACACUGGUUGAAAAGCUUAGCUGGAAAAAAGAUGCACCUAAAGAUGCUUAUAUUAUCGGUUUGAAGGAGCUUCCCGAAAAUGAUAAUUCUCCAUUACAACAUACUCAUAUCUUCUUUGCUCACUGUUUUAAAAAUCAAGCAGGUUGGGAACAAUUGUUACAUCGUUUCGACAGUGGUCAUGGUACUAUUCUUGAUCUCGAAUUUUUAAAUGAUGCUAAUGGUCGUCGUGUUGCUGCUUUUGGUUAUAUGGCUGGUUUCGCAGGUUGUGCUAUUGGCAUUGAUGUUUGGUGUCACCAAAAAUCUAAUUUAAAUAAAAAGUACGGAGCUAUUCAUCCUUAUUCUAAUGAAGAUGAAUUAAUUACAUAUAUCAAAGAGCGUUUGGCUACUGCAGUCAAGUUCAAUAACAAUGAAUAUCCCAAGGUGAUGAUCAUGGGAGCUUUGGGACGCUGUGGUAAUGGUGCCCGUGAUUUUGCUCGCAAAGUAGGUAUUCCAGAAAAGUUUAUUAUUCAAUGGGAUAUGAAUGAAACAAAGACAGGUGGUCCAUUUCCUGAAAUCUUUAAUGCUGACAUAUUCGUCAAUUGUAUUUAUCUUAAUCAACCGAUUCCACCUUUUUUUACUCAAGAGAUGAUUGAUGGAGAACGUAAACUUUCUGUCAUUUGUGAUGUUUCUUGUGACACCACCAAUCCUUAUAAUCCUAUCCCUGUCUAUUCAGUGAAUACAACAUUUGAUAACCCUACUAUUCCCGUGAAGACAAGUAACCCAUAUCCUCUUGAUGUCAUCUCGAUUGAUCAUUUACCAACUCUCUUACCAAGAGAAAGUUCAAAUAUGUUUUCACAUGAUCUUUUGCCAACACUAUUAGGUUUAAAAGGUCGUACGACUAACCCUGUUUGGAUGAAUGCUGAGAAUCUGUUUAAAGAAAAAGUAAAAGCUUCAAGACAUUUUUAUUCUUAA